GUUGUACGGGGGUGUGAGUCAUUGUGUUCUCGCCCUGCGUUAUCUCCCCAAAAGCCCUGGGCUUAUAAAUAAGCGCAGCAGCGUAGAACAAACUGUUAGAAACUGACUUGAAGUCCAACAGUCCGAGGCAAACUCUGAAUAUCGAUCAUCCCCCACAAUGGCUUCAGCUCUCUUUUGGAUUGUAUUGUUCUCACCAACUGUGCUGUCGUUUGUGGUCAUAGUGUCUCCAAGAAAAGGUUUUUUCAGAGUCGGGGACCAAGAAAGGGUGGUCUGUAACGUGACGGGCUGCGCGCAGACUCCCGACAUCACCUGGGGAGCUCUUGAGGAUAAACCGAUUGCCGCGUCCAUCGAAACUCUCGGCUCUGAGUCGGUUAUUACCUACAAAAACGUGAAAAGAAAUGACGAGAAUCGCCUGGUAUGCAAAGCUAAAUGCGGCGGGGAACAGUGGAAACAGGGUGAAAUCACAGUCAAGGUAUACGAGUUUCCUGAAGUCCCGGUGAUCACGGGCCACGAGCGUCUGGUCCUGGGCGAGCCUGCCACACUGACGUGUAACGUGAGUGGUGUGUACCCGGGGCAGGAGACGGAGAUGGAGUGGCUGACGGAUGGGGAAACCGCGUCUGAUCCAGUGGAGGGCACCGGGAACACGCUGGUGUCCAGUUUCCCCCUCACCCCUACGCACGCGGACGAAGGCCGCAACAUCACCUGCAGAGCGUGGCAUCGCAUGUGGGGCGGUGAAAAGAGCGUCAUCCAGACUUCAGUGACCCUGUCUGUGCUCUACGGUCCAGGUGAGGUGCAGGUGUCAGGGGCGGCUGAGGUGCAGGUGGGGGACACACUCUCCCUCAGGUGCUCCGCGGAGGGGAGGCCCCGCCCCCAGCUACGGUGGCGUAUCCAGCGGCUGUCCGGUCAGUGGGCGGAGCUUGAGGGCGGGCAGGAGCUCGUCGUCGCCACGGCAACCCACGCCCACGCCGGUCAGUACCAGUGCGUGGCCAGCAACACCCUGGGUGAAAGCCACGCCUGCCUCAACGUCAGCGUCCAGGGCCCCCCCAGGAACACGAGCCUGACGCUGAGCCCCCCACACCCCAUCAGGGAGGGGGAGUCGGUGACGCUCUCCUGCCGCACGCUCAGCGUUCCCGUGGGGACGGUCCGUCUGCUGCACGGAGAGAAGGAGCUGCGGUCUGCUGUGGGCAGUGAGGUCGACAUCACUCUGGAUGACAUCAAGCUGGACCAGGCUGGACGCUACCACUGCAAGGCGUUAAACCGAUACGGCACACACACCAACAGCACCCAGCUCACCAUCACAGCUCACCCUCUGCAGCUGGAGCUCCUCCCAGUGGGUGUGGUCACCACGGAGAUUGGCUCCGCCCUGUCCUUGGUCUGUGAGGCGUCCGGGUGCCCCCAUCCUCAGCUGUCCUGGGCGACCCCAUCGUCGGGGGUCGAGGGGGCGACGAGGGACAGCGCCAACAGUCCACGCUCUGAGCUGAGCCUAAGGCUGGACAGUAUCGCCCAGGAGGGCAACUACACUUGCCUCGCCCGCUGCGGUUCUGUCACCACCUCCCGUCACACACAGGUGGCGCUGUUCUCCUUCCCCACUGCUCCGCUGGUCGAGCGCUCUGGCUCCCUGCUGGAGGGGGAGCAGUCAACCUUCCGGUGUGUCCUGCGGGACGCGUAUCCCCGCGAGGCAUUCCUCUUCCGCUGGCUCCUCGGAGACCUGGAGCUGACCACGCAGACCCCCGCAGAGACCACCCCCGCCUUCGAGUCCAGCGUUUCCGUGACGAUGGAGCAGUCUCUCCGGGGCCGUCCACUCACCUGUGAGGCAGAGCUGCUGAUGGGGGGCGUGCCCGACGUGCGGAGGCGGAGCUCCAGCGCCAUCAUCAUGGACGUCCACCACCCCCCCAGGAACACGAGCCUGACGCUGAGCCCCCCACACCCCAUCAGGGAGGGGGAGUCGGUGACGCUCUCCUGCCGGACGCUCAGCGUUCCCGUGGGGACGGUCCGUCUGCUGCACGGGGAGAAGGAGCUGCGGUCUGCUGUGGGCAGUGAGGUCGACAUCACUCUGCCUGCUGCCCAGCUGGACCAGGCUGGACACUACCACUGCGAGGCAUCAAACCAAUACGGCACACACACCAACAGCACCCAGCUCACCGUCACAGCUCCGCCCCGGAACACCACCGUGGAAGUGUUUCCGUCCCAACGGGUGAUGGAGGGGGAGAACGUCACCAUUUGCUGUCGCUCGGUCAGUUUCCCGCCGCCUCUCGUCACCCUCACCAAGCUGGGCAACGCCACCGAGUUCUCCUCCCACAACGGCACCUUCGUCCUCACCAACCUCACGCCCAGCGACACCGGAGACUACCAGGUCAACGUCACCAACGACCUGGGCUUCCACACCCAGGUGUUCACCAUCAGCGUCAUGGAGAGGAGCAGUGUGCCCUCUGAUGGUUGGGAGGCAUUAUUGAUUCCCGCCGUUGUCAUUGGAUCAACGUUGGCCUCCGCUGCUCUGUUGCUUGACUUCGUGUUGCGGUCCAGAAAGAAAGGAUCCUACAAGCUGGCCAAGUGCAACUCCAGCUCCGCCUAAAUACUCAGCCCUCUCACACUCCGAACAUUCACCACCCUCAUCAGAGCUCUGCAACCCCAGCUUCUACUGAACACUCCCCCUCUUCAGCAGUCAGACCUCUGCAACUCCAGCUCCUGUUGAACACUCCCCUCUAUAGCAAUCAGAGCUCUGCAACUCCAGUUCCUGUUGAACACUCCCCUCUAUACCAGUCAGAGCUCUGCAACUCCAGCUCCUGUUGAACACUCCCCUCUCCAGCAGUCAGAGCUCUGCAACUCCAGCUCCUGUUGAACCCUCCCCUUUCCAGCAGUCAGAGCUCUGCAACUCCAGUUCCUGUUGAACACUCCCCUCUUCAGCAGUCAGAGCUCUGCAACUCCAGCUCCUGUUGAACACUCCCCUCUCCAGCAGUCAGAGCUCUGCAACUCCAAUUUCGCCUGCUGGUCUAAGUGAGUUCAGGCCCGUCAUGAAAACUUGAGCAGCGCUCAGAUGGACUUUUCUGCAUCCUCACAUGGUUGAUUGAGAGGUGUGUGUGUGUGUCUGGGGGAAGCCUUUCCAAGCUGUGGGGCUGUUGGAAUGUGAUGUACAGUGUCAAUGGAGAAUGCAUGUGUGUGUGUGUGUGUGUUGAGCGUACAUAAUGUAUGUACGAGUGUGAGUGUGUGUCUAUGUGUGUGUGAGUGUGUCUGCAUAUGCCUCUUGGUUGAUUAUUUCACAUCACUGCAUCUUACCUAUCGAAAGCAGAUUGGUCUGACAUCAACUGGUAUUUGUUGUCAUAGAAGUCUCAUCGGUAUGAAAAUUCUGUUUUUUUUGUUGUAAAAUAUGUAUAUAUUUGUAUUUAUAUAUUGUAUAUUUCACUGAAGGUUGGCUUUUAUUAAAAUAAUGUUAUGUAA